GCUCUUCAUCCUCUCUUUCUCUCUCUGACUCUCUUUCUAUCUCGCCCCAGCUUCAUUCCACCGUCACCGGAAGACCUAUCGGAUUUUCUUCGUUUUCUCUUGUUCAUCUCCUCGCCGUAGAUGGCUGAUUCGCAGAGGCAUAAGCACGGCGGCCCCGGUAGCCGGAAGCAGCAACAGCAACCCAGCCGCUUGCAAAUGCGAGCGCCGUCUUCGUUACAGGUAAAUCGGUCGUGUGAUUGGAACGUGGCCAUCCCCCUAUUGUCACCCCUCGCUUCGUCGCCGCCUCCGGUUAAACUCGGUGCGCCGGCGACGGAGAGGGAAGAGGCCCGGCAGCAGCAACGCCAACAAGGGGCGGAGCCGGAGAAGGUGGUGUUCAAAAAGUGGCAGCAUCCGGCGGCCCCGUUCUGUUACGAACCGCCUUCUGUGGCGCCUCCUUUCUUCCGCUGCGUGUAGAUAUUACUCAUAACAGCUGUAGGAUGAUCGGACGGUUGAGAACUGGACGGAAGAAAGAUCUGAGGGCGCAUGUUAUGGGAGAAGCAUUCAAAUCUUGCGUUCAGUCGGUCAUCAUAUGAAGUCGAUAUUGCUAAUUGUACGCAGCGGGAUCUAACUAUUGUACGAUGGACUCUGAUUUUUUUUCCUGGGUUUUCCCCCAUCAUUUCUCUAGACACGUUAGAAAUUCCCCCCUCUCAUGUAAUUUACGUCAAUUGAUUAGAAAUCUUAAAUUGUAUACAGCAUCAUUCUUUGAUUCAUUUUCUUUAAUUGAA